AUGGGAACAAAGUUCGGAAAAGAAACAACGGAAACCGAGAAGAGAGUGGCGAUGGAGAAGAGGUUGGUGGAAGAGCACGAGCGGAAAAUGAGAGAAGACGCAAUGAAGCGACAAGCGGAAGAGGACGAGGAGACGAAGAGGAUUCAACAGGUGACCGACGAGAUGAUGGAGAGACAUCUCGAAGAAACAUGCGAUUCUUGCAGGCGGCCGAUUUGAAAAGUGCAGCCGAGAAGCGAGAGAAAGAAGAAGAACUCAAGAGAGUAAUGGAGGAAAAUGUGAAUGCGACUAAGAAAGCUGUGAACGAUUUCAACACAAUGAAAAUGCAAGGGAUUGAGCACCUGGCAAAAGUGGAAACAGACCUCAAAGAACUGGUUGACAAACAGAUUGAAAACAAAAAGGCAUCCGGUGAACACCUAAUGACCGCUGAAACGGAACAAAACGCAAAGGACAAGGAAGAACUGACGAGGAUCCACAGCCUGCACGCUUAUGGUAAUCAAGCAUGAAGCACAGACGUCAUCUUAAUAAUUGUUUUUUUUAGUGUUAAACAAACUGAAUGAAGCGCAAGAGGAAAAUGUGAAGGAACGAGGAAGAAUGCGGAAAGAGCUAGAAGAAAAGGAAGAGCAAAAGAUUAAAGAGCACCACGAUAUAAUGAUUGAGCUGAACAAAGAUCGUACGAACGAACAAAUAGAAGGCGAACAGAAACAAAAAGCGUUGGCGGAGGACUUCCGACAGUUCGCGGCCGAAGUGAAUGAGGCGCACACUGAGUUGCAGAACAUAGAAUGUGAGUGAAAUAAUCCGAAAUGUGGGUAUAUUCGUCUAAUUUCAGUGUCCAACAACGUUGCUCUCAUAGCGGAGCACAAUAAGGAGAGAAAUUUCGAACAAUUCCGCGCGAAUUGCAAAAACUUGAUAAAGCUGUUCAACAGAUUCAAGGACAACUUUAGCAGGGAGGAGAUACGAUUGAUUGGUACGAGGGACGAAAUUGAGCAUGCGAUCAUCGUGGUAAGUGUAGUCGUCCUUGUCCUUGAAUUGUAAUGUAUCUAAAGCUGAUCAUGUUCUUACACGCGUCCUCAAAUGUUACUUACUUACUUGUUGCAGACGGACGGCCCCGAUCUGGCGGACGCUCUUCGCGAUCUUGAGAGUCUUAGCGAUGAACUGCAAGGAUUCAACCCAGAAGGAGCCAGAGAUCAGCAGACUUACGAGGUUCUUCGUAACGAAGUUGUGAAAAUUGUAGAUCAAAUCAAAGAUUUUCUGAACGAAGUCAGCUCUAAUAUUAUCAGUUACAAUAAAGCCUGCGCCGAUCUCCAAGAUCAACCAGCACACGUUCAAGAUCCGCGCCAAACGGGUAAAAAUCGACUGACUGUAAGUUUUUGCACUCUAGCAUUCUUUGUCUUUUGUAACCUAAACGGUUCAGCCCUCGGAAGACGAAGAGUUCGAUGUGGUGACAACAGAAUCUCGGACGCCGUCUAGACAAGCGCAGAAAGUUGGAGGACAGUACACUCCGGCAAAGCAAUCCUUCUCUAUUGCUGACAAAUACAAACAAGUCAAGGAACUUAUAAAAUCGUUGAGUGAGAAAAUGCUGAAGGUAAGUGCGCAUAGAAGUACUCAACUGCUAAAGAACUAAACUUUCAGUUCAAUGUUCGUGCCUCUACAGCGUUUGAUGAGAUGCUCGCAGUUCAAUUCACUCAAAUGACCAUCGCGAAUGAUCAAAUUAAAGCUCGACUCACCGAUCGUCCCUCUACCAGUUCCGCUCCGAUGAUUGAACCUAUUGAAAGUUCUGAUAUCUCUAUCUCUUCGAGCUCUGAUCCAAUUGUUAAGCCCGCCAUUGAAUAA